GGCAGCGAUGCUCUAAUGAGGUGCUGCAACCGUCUUUGCACAUGUGACAGUCACAUCCUCAGACUGUGUCUUUAGUGUCUUUAUAAACUGCUUUACAGGAUUUUCUGCAUAAUUGUGUCUCACGUGUAGAUUCGUAAGUAGGUCGCACUCCUCUCUGUUGCAUCUGCACCAAGUUGUUAAAUGUGCUUCCAUCUUCAGUCAUCAUCUGAAUUCACUCUGAGCUUUGACUCCCAUUCCGCAUACAAUCACCUCACGGUGCCUCAUCACAUCUCUUUCCUCUCUUUUCAUUCUCUCCAUCUUCCCUCCACCCUCUGUGUCUCUCCAUGCUCUUGUUUUUCCCCAAGAAAUCUUCUCCUACAUCACAUCUCCAUAGUCUCAAUUUCAGCUGGUUCAUCUCUUGUUUUGGAUCUUAUUAUUUCCUCUCUCCUCUGUCUGUUUCUCCCUCUCCCUCUUUUUUCUGUGUGUUCUCAUCUUGGAGACAGGAGUGUGCAUGCAGCCUCAAAUUUAAGUCACUGCUCUGCUUUUGCGCUCUGCGCUACGCUCCUUUCCUCUCCUCUCCCCUCCGUGCUAUACUGCGCUGUUCUGCACUGCACUGCACUGCUCGUCUCCCAUCUCUCCACAUCUCCAUCCUCUCUGCUUCUCCUUGUCACUUUCUCUUCAUCCACCUGCAUUUCUGUCACACUGCUCCCUGCUCCAUCGCUUGGAGAAAUCCUGUCCACUGUGGAGUUUUUUUGCGCGCCAGAACUGAGCUGACUCCAGCCACUUUUUCGGAGGAGGAAUCGCAUGCUGCUGGUGCACCAGGUUUGACUUUGCUUGGAUUCUUUGGAUCUGAAGGAGCUGGAGAAGAGAGGAAGACAGGCAGGGGAAGAGGGUGGCGAGCGCUUGGAGAGCACAGGCUUCAAGGUGGUGGAGGCGGCCGAUGGUUGUCCAUCGAGGGUCAUGCACUGGGACUUGUGUGCAUUUUGUCGCUUGGAGUUGGAGAUCCUCUCCCAUUUUUGCCCCCUUAGUGGGGCAGCGUUAAUCCUGGUGCCGGGAGAAGCCGCCAGGCACCAGCGGCUGCAGUGUGAAGAUUGGACACCAUGAACCAGCUGGACGCACCACGGCCACUCAACUGGACCAUCAGAAAACUAUGCCAUGCAGCGUUUCUGCCAUCUGUACGCCUGUUAAAGGCACAGAAGUCAUGGAUAGAGAGAGCGUUCAGCAAGAGAGAAUGUGUCCACAUCAUAGUGAGCGCCAAAGACCCCCAUAGGUGCUGCUGCGGUCGCCUCAUAGGUCAGCAUGUGGGUUUACCGCCCGGCAUUUCAUCCAGUCAGAAUGACAAAGCAGAGCGCCUGGCCAAGAAUGACAGCCUGUCGGAGAAGUGGUCAAUCAGCAAACACACACAGCUCAGCCCCACUGAUGCAUUCGGUACCAUUGAAUUCCAGGGAGGGGGACACUCCAACAAAGCCAUGUAUGUGCGAGUGUCUUAUGACACCAAGCCUGACCUGCUCCUCCACUUGAUGACCAAGGAGUGGCAGCUGGAUCUCCCAAAGUUGCUCAUCUCAGUUCAUGGGGGUCUGCAGAACUUUGAAUUGCAGCCUAAACUCAAGCAGGUCUUUGGUAAAGGGCUCAUCAAGGCUGCCAUGACAACAGGAGCUUGGAUAUUUACCGGAGGAGUCAACACGGGUGUGAUUCGCCAUGUGGGGGAUGCGCUGAAAGACCACGCCUCCAAGUCAAGAGGGAAGAUCUGCACCAUUGGUAUUGCUCCAUGGGGCAUCGUAGAGAACCAGGAGGAUCUUGUUGGCAAAGAUGUGGUGCGUCCAUACCAGACCAUGUCCAACCCUAUGAGCAAGUUGACGGUGCUGAACAGUCUCCAUUCACACUUCAUCCUGGCAGACAACGGCACCACAGGAAAGUACGGCGCUGAAGUCAAGCUGCGGCGACAACUAGAAAAGCAUAUCUCCUUGCAAAAGAUCAACACCCGUAUCGGUCAAGGUGUGCCAGUAGUGGCUCUCAUAGUAGAGGGCGGCCCGAAUGUGAUCUCCAUCGUGCUGGAGUACCUCCGGGACACUCCUCCAGUCCCUGUGGUGGUGUGUGAUGGCAGUGGAAGAGCUUCAGACAUCUUGGCUUUUGGACACAAAUACUCUGAAGAAGGAGGGAUAAUUAAUGAGUCUCUAAGAGACCAGUUGCUGGUGACCAUCCAGAAGACUUUCACCUACAGCCGCACACAGGCCCAACAUCUGUUCAUCAUUCUCAUGGAGUGCAUGAAAAAGAAGGAGCUGAUAACCGUUUUCCGGAUGGGCUCAGAGGGUCACCAGGAUAUUGACCUUGCGAUCCUGACUGCGCUGCUCAAAGGUGCCAAUGCCUCAGCGCCCGACCAGCUAAGUUUGGCCCUUGCCUGGAACAGAGUGGACAUUGCUCGCAGUCAGAUCUUCAUCUACGGACAGCAGUGGCCUGUUGGUUCCCUGGAACAGGCGAUGCUCGAUGCCUUAGUUUUGGACAGAGUGGAUUUUGUCAAGCUGCUGAUUGAAAACGGAGUUAGCAUGCAUCGCUUCCUUACGCUUUCACGACUGGAGGAGCUUUACAACACGCGACACGGACCAUCAAACACGCUGUACCAUCUUGUCAGAGACGUCAAAAAGCGAGAAUAUCCAGGGUUCAGUUGGAUCUACUUCAAGGGAAACCUGCCCCCGGACUACCGCAUCAGCCUCAUCGACAUAGGACUGGUAAUUGAAUACCUCAUGGGGGGAGCGUAUCGGUGUAACUACACUAGGAAGCGAUUCAGAACUUUAUACCAUAACCUCUUUGGACCCAAAAGGCCUAAAGCACUGAAACUGCUGGGGAUGGAGGAUGACAUGCCAAUCCGCAGGGGCCGCCAGAAAACAACACGCAAACGAGAGGAAGAGGUUGACAUUGACUUGGAUGAUCCAGAAAUCAACCACUUCCCUUUUCCCUUCCAUGAGCUUAUGGUGUGGGCGGUGCUCAUGAAACGCCAGAAAAUGGCACUUUUCUUCUGGCAGCACGGGGAGGAAGCGAUGGCCAAGGCUUUAGUGGCAUGUAAGCUCUGUAAAGCCAUGGCACACGAAGCAUCUGAGAACGAUAUGGUGGAUGACAUCUCCCAGGAAUUAAACCACAACUCCAGGGAAUUCGGUCAGCUGGCGGUGGAACUCUUAGAUCAGUCCUAUAAACAGGAUGAGCAGAUGGCCAUGAAGCUGCUGACCUACGAACUGAAAAACUGGAGCAACGCCACCUGUCUGCAGCUGGCAGUAGCUGCCAAACACAGAGAUUUCAUCGCACACACCUGCAGCCAGAUGCUGCUGACUGACAUGUGGAUGGGACGCCUGCGCAUGCGCAAGAACUCAGGCCUUAAGGUAAUCCUAGGCCUCCUUUUGCCCCCGUCUAUCUUGAGUCUGGAAUUCAAGAACAAGGAUGAGAUGUCCUACAUGCCUCAGGACCAAGAGGCUUACCUGCAGGAGAAGGAGGAGGAGGAGCCAGAGAAACCUGUGAAGGAAAAGGAGGAGGAAGACAUGGAGUUCACAGUAAGAUCUUACUGUGAGACGCAGUACAACUCCGUGGCGAUGCUUGGUAAGGUAGCCACAGAGACAUCCAGAAAGAAGGAUGUUGAAGAGGUUCAGAGCCGCCACCGCCUUAUCCCUAUGGGACGCAAGAUAUACGAGUUCUACAACGCUCCUAUCGUCAAGUUCUGGUUCCAUACGAUGGCAUAUGUGGGAUAUCUGAUGCUCUUCAACUACAUUGUCCUGGUCAAGAUGGACCUGUGGCCUUCCCCUCAGGAGUGGAUUGUCAUUGCUUACAUCUUCACUAACGGCAUUGAAAAGAUGAGAGAGAUUCUUAUGUCAGAACCAGGGAAGCUGCUGCAGAAGGUGAAGGUCUGGCUUCAGGAGUACUGGAACAUCACCGACCUUAUGGCCAUCCUCAUAUUUUCAGUGGGCAUGGUUCUGCGUCUCCAGGAGCCUCCGCUCAUGAGCUACGGGCGGGUCAUCUAUUGUGUCAACAUCAUCUACUGGUACAUCCGGCUGCUGGACAUCUUUGGAGUCAACAAGUACCUGGGUCCCUAUGUGAUGAUGAUUGGCAAGAUGAUGAUCGACAUGAUGUAUUUUGUGAUCAUCAUGCUGGUGGUGCUCAUGAGUUUUGGGGUGGCACGUCAGGCCAUCCUCAACCCGAACGAGGAUCCGUCCUGGAUGCUUGCUCGGAACAUCUUUUUUAUGCCUUACUGGAUGAUCUACGGAGAGGUGUUUGCAGACCAGAUUGACCAUAUGCAUAGUAGGAAGUUUCAGCAAAGGCAUAUUGAAAAACUCUGGCUGGUCGAAAAUAGCUUGCGAACUCACGGACCCUGGCGUAGUAACGGUCCAUCCCACUUUCCCCAGUGCAGUCAAAAUCCCACUCCCUGUGGGCAGAACAUCACUACAGAUGAUGGGGUAGUGGUGGCCCUGCCUCCCUGUAAGACUGGUGCUUGGAUUGUCCCGGCUAUCAUGGCUUGCUACUUGCUGGUUGCAAACAUACUGUUGGUCAAUCUACUCAUAGCUGUGUUCAAUAAUACAUUCUUCGAGGUCAAGUCAAUUUCCAAUCAGGUCUGGAAGUUCCAGCGCUACCAGCUAAUUAUGACCUUCCACGAGCGGCCCGUCCUUCCUCCCCCACUCAUCAUCUUCAGUCACAUAACCAUGGUCCUAAAACAUCUGUGCUGUCGCUGGCGCAAGCACGACGAUGACGAGAGAGACUACGGACUAAAGCUUUUCAUCACAGAGGAUGAGCUGAAAAAAGUCCACGACUUUGAGGAGCAAUGCAUAGAGGAGUAUUUCAGGGAGAAGGAUGACAGAUUCCACUCGUCUAACGAUGAGAGGAUAAGAGUCACUUCUGAAAGGGUGGAAAAUAUGGCUAUGCGCUUGGAAGAAGUUAACGAGAGGGAGCACUUCAUGAAGGCGUCCCUGCAGACUGUUGAUAUUCGUCUGGCCCAAAUGGAGGAGCUAAUUGGACGUAUCGCCGUCGCACUGGAGCGCGUGACAGGUGUGGAGCGGGUAGAGGUCAGCAAAGCGCGUUCCCGGACUUCAUCUGACUGCACGGAUUCUGCGUACAUACUGCGCCAAGCCGAGUGCCAGGAUGCCGCAUACAUCCUCCGCCAAAGCAGCUUCAACAGCACAGAGGGAAACACCUACCGCCUGCAGGAAGCCUUGGAAGGAGCGGCUGAGGGUUCCAUGUCCCCUCCUUCUCCCACCACCACGGGUACGCGAGCACGGAGCCACUCCUUCUAUGUUGGAGGUGGUCGUGCGGCUGAGCGUGUCAGAGGACCUGAAGGAGCUGAAAGCUUCUUCAAGGAACGCUCUCUAAGUCUCCACAGAGCAAACAGCUCACAAUCUGUGUCCUCAGCUGCCGCCCCCAAGGAGUCUAAGCCCCUCCCACUGGCCACACUGUCGGUUUCCCAGCAGCACCGUCCGUCAUCGUGCAUCGAUAUCUAUGUCUCGACGUCUGAGGAGGUGGGGCCUGCAGAGGUCUUUCUUGACUCUCUCCGUGUGAUCCCACCUCUCCAGAGAGAAGCCUCGCUGCAGUCAGAUAUCAUGGAGACGGUGCUGCCGGAAGGCCGGGAGUUCAGUAGUACUGCCACAAGCGGUUUGGGCGACAGGCACUCGGAGGGCGGCGUGGGCAGCAGUGGAACAACUGGAGCUAUGUUUGACGACAGCGCCGCUGCUGAUUUGUCGCUAUGCUCAGCACACCUCUUACCAGACAGCACCCUACCUCCUUGGGAUAUGGAACCAUCUCCACCUCCCUCAGCCGGGCUGCUCGAACGCUCCAAAAGCAGCCGCUACCUCUCCACAGCAGGCACAGGCUUCCUGGACGAGCCUCCUCUGGUCAAAUCCCACAGCCUGAUGUUCACACCCAGAGGCUGUUAUAGUGGACUGGGGGCAGGAGUCCAGGUAAAGGCUACAGAGUACACCAGCAUCACCGACUGCAUUGAUACACGCUGCGUCUCGGCUCCAUACACUCCUGCAGAAUGCUCACACUCACCCGGCGGUUCCUCCUCAUUCCCCUUUGAUAAGCCGUCAGACAUCAGUUCUUCUUACCCUGAGAGAGAGGCAGAGCUUAGCCACACAGAGUCCGAUCCAGAGGAUCCUGAAGACAUGAUUCCAGCCCCUGGCACCCCUCGCCACGGCGGUCUCGGUGGGCCUAGCACAGCCCCUCUCUGCUCUCACUUCUCCAGACUGGAGCGUGCAAACAGUUGCUCCUCAGACGACUCCCAUCCUUCUCUCACUCUGGCACCUCCACACCGGAAGAGCCUGUCAGUGAGCGAGAGGAUGGAGAGAGGACAGAGUUUGGGAGCAGAAAGGGGGCCUGGGCCUGGGGGGCGGGGUCUGGCAGGACCCAGAAACCCUUUCCUCAGGAGCAAAUCCGGAGCAAGGCCCGAAAAGACUGAGAGCCUCGCCAUAAGAAAGCUCGCCGCUCCGUCAGCCUUCCGCAGCUUUGAUAGACAAAACUACACGUGACAAGGACGCGUGGGUGAACUGACACACUGACGGCGCCGGCGUGGAAAAGGGCAAAAGUGAAAGCAGGGUUAGCUGCCUGUAGAUGCUUAUCUGGACCCGAUCUACCUUUUUUUUUAAAUUACAUUUAAGUUAAGAAGCGUUUAUAUAUAGUUAGUUAAGAAGGGCAGUUUCACCCUGACGAAUUAAAGCAACAGAAGAUUUAGAAGGUCCUGUGUACACGAGUAAUAUCAAAGAGCUAUGAAUCUAGACUAGUUUUUACCUCUUGUAGCUAUCUUUCAAUGGGGUGUUAUGGCAAUGGAAGGUGUAACUGUAUUGUGUCUUCCAUGAAUCGAAUUUACAUCAAGUAGACAUCUGUCACUGUGUUGCAUCACUUAUCACUCAUGCUAGUCAGACAAAGUAUCCUGUUACUCCUAGCUGCAUUGUGGUAGACACUGUCAAGUCUGAAAGGCGAGACAAAGAGAGACGGAAAUAAAAGGUCCUAAUUUUCCCAUCAUGUCUUGACAAUUUUACCACAAAUAUUUUUGCUUUCGAAGCAUUCCCUCAUCAUACCACACAGGCUGCUCACAACAGCUUACCUCUACAAACACAGUUUUUCAAUUACUAAAGAUUGCUUUUUAUUUUAUUGUGAUCUCACUGAGGCUUUCUACACAUUUAGCAUUAGUCAAAGAAAUGCAUAUUUUUUGUGAUUAAUUUCCUUCCUCCUUUACGACCACAUAGAAUUAAGUAUAACCUAUAUUUUGAAGGCUAAAUCAUAGAAAUUGUUCUCUCUUUAAAAAGAUGUGAGCUCUCUGCUAUCACUAUAUGUGAAUCAUCUCACUUUAGUCUUGUGGUGUAUUUCUGAGAGCUUUGACAAGUGCAAUUGUAAAAGUUGAUCAAUAGGGGGCGCUAUCGGAUAGUAAAAGACACCAUCCCAGUGUAGCAAGUGAGUCUGCUUUGCCUCUUCCUGACACCAACAAUCUUUUUCCAUCAAUGGCUCCUGAAGCACUCUCUGUUUCAGGCUUUCUGCUGUUUGUCUCUCCCAGUGGAUCCGUCCUUCAUCGAUUCCAAGUUGUUUGAUUUCAUUACAGUGUCUAUUCACUACUAAAAUAAACCAGUGCAAAAAACAAAAGACAAGUCAUUUAGUGGCUAAGCCAGUUUUGACUUGUGUACAGGUCACAUCGAUUUCACAGAAGAGAAGCUACUCUGCAAAUUCACUUUUUAAAAAGCUUGGGAAGCAGCUGUCACGCUUAUAUGCAUUCUAGCUGACAUUUAAGAACGGCAUGCAUGUUAAGAGACAAGAGGGAGAAAAGACGGAGUUGCAAAUAUUGAAAAAAAAAGCAUUUUAAGUCAGAUAUGGGUUAAAUUACUAGUUCUUUUUUAUUAUAUUGGAAGAUUUGGGUCAGGAGAGAAGAUGCUUUUCUCAGACAGUUUUGUAAAGAUAACUUAGACAAAUAAUGAAACUUUUUUUCUUUUUUUGUAAUGUUUUAUAUUUUCUUGCUAUUACAAUUUAUUUAAAUCGUGUUGCAUUUCUUUUCAAAUGACGCUCUAUUUAUUGAUACUUUCCUUAUCAUUAGUGAUAAAUAAAGUUAUACCUGUUUGAAUUACAAAAAAUAAUAUUUAUAUCUUCUCAGUGAUAUUUUUGUCAAAUUUUAAGUAUUUUCUAAUUAAGCCUUUAAAUAAAAAAAAGUUGACCAUCUACAUGCACUAAAUGAUAAUGUAUAAUAUUAUUUAUUUAAUAUAAAGAUAUUAGUCUGAAAUACUGUACAUUUAAAUCAUAUUUAAAGUAUUUAAGGUAGUUUUUAUUGUGUGUUUUAUCAAGGAACCUAUGAGAAUUUUCUAAUGUUGACAUGGCAAUACUCAUUUGCCAUUAUACCAAACUUAGGGUGCCUUUUGGGCAUGAAUGGAAUAUGUGGGGACUGAUGUGAUUCAAGAAUCUGUGACAUUUCGUAUUUGUAUCUUUUUUUGAUAUCGCUGAAUAUCAACGAUUAUUUUCCCAUAAACCCUUGUUCUAUAUCGACAUGUCUGAAGUACACAGUGGAGGCUGAUUGCAUCAUUGCUAAUGUGCAUAUUUGUCUGAAUUCAUUUUUAGGGAGUAAAAAAAUGCUCAAGCACAAAAAGUUUUAUGAUUGAGUUAGAGAGUGUGGUUGCACGUGAAAACGUUGGGAUGAGCUUGACCAUCUGUACCGCCAUAACUUUUCUGUCUUGGAAACUGACUGAUCUGAUGGAUCUGUGGAAUAACUCACAAUCCAACAACCAUAGAUAUAAGUUUAUUUGAAAAAAAGCCAAUCUUUAUGAAUUUCUUGGGCACUCUUGAUGAACUUGUUUUGUUUGGUUCAUGCACGUUGGACAGAUUUAGUUGCAGGGUGUACAAUGGGACACAUAUAAAACAAUCAGAUUUGCAGUUUCUUCAGCAAAAGUCUGGGUUGCUCGAUGGUUUAAAUAGGAAAAGUUUACCCCAGAUUAAAAGCUCAGGGACAUUAAAAGGAUAUUGUAAAGUCGGAAAGGAUGAAAAAAGGAUGAAGGCAGAAAGGGAGGAAAUAGACACUUUCUCUGUAUUAAAAAGCAUAAUCUAAUCACUGUUCUUUAUAAUCUAAUUCAGAUCUGUCAAAAGGUCAUAAAAAGUUGUACAUAUUCAGUCCUCAAAUGCGGCAAUAACUUGUGAAUGAAUGUCUUCAUAGCUGCUUAAUUCACUCACUCACAAAAAGUCAAUGGCAUAAACAAAAAGAAGAUAUUAUUCAUUACAGCUUUUUGCUAUUUUUUGUGUGCUAACAGUCAAUAGUAAAGAGGGUUGUGGAUGUGCACAUUUUGAAUCAAACCAAAAUCUGUGAAACCAAAUGAAAACAAAGCAGAGUCUUGUUCUGUUGUGAGCAUUGUGACACUAAACUAUCACACAUACCGGUUUAAAAAUAUUUAUAUAUUUUUUAAUAAAAGCUAAAUUGCUUAGCUUUGCAUGGCAAAAUAAGAGAACAGUGUGAGACUGGCGCCCUCGUGUUUGACUUAGUAUCAGGAAAUUAUUUUCCUUUAACACUUUGUUUAUCCUUACAUUAAGGAAAAUCAGAUACCCAACAUGUCCGGGACAUGCAGAGACUUACACAAUCAUGUGAAAAUGAAAGUACAGCUGCUUUCAGUGAAGAGCGUGAAGAUAUGUCACAUCAUACUUACAUGCUGGGACAAAAGCAACAUAUUUUAAAAUAACUGGCUUUGCAUUAUUGUGCCAUGAAACCAUCAAGGUUUGUUUAGUAUGUCAUUUAACAUUUUACAAACAUAGAAGAGGGAAAAAUACCUUAAAAAAGGAAGUUUCAUUCUUAAUUUAGAUUUAAGUAGACUGAGGGAAACAAUAAAACUGAGCUAAUCUUAGUUAAAACAUUCUCCUCUUUACUAAAUACAGCAACAUUAUUUUACUAAAUUGAAAGUAUAAAUCCAGGGGCUACAUCUUAGAGCCUACAUGCUCUAAGUAGUAGGCUAAAUGACAAAGGUUAUUAUGUGUAAACUUGAAAAACUGCAAAAGAUUUGCUCUUGUGUUGCAGGAAAGCUUCUUGUUAAGAAAAACAUGAAAACAUGGCAUUACGCAACUGAACCUGAACUAAGCACAAGAUUCCUGCACACACCAAAAACACUCCAACGUAUUCCUUUGAAAGUGGUUCUACGAGAUGAAGUCAGUCUGUCUGGUAUUUGGUUUAAUUUUCCGUUAAACAAAUGGUUUUGUCAUGCAUUGUUGUCUCUAACUUAGUCUAGGAUUCUCAUUAGAUCAUGGAGAAUCAAACAUAAUAAAAUGUAUUUUGUUGUCAUGACUGUACAUGAUAUUAAAGGGUUCUUUGACAUGUUCACAUGACGGUUGAGAAUGGAUAUAAAUGAACAUGUGGUGAUAUGUGCAUAAGGCUUACUUGCGUGCAAAUCCAGACAGUCAGAUGACACGAAUAACCGGCGAGCUCGCCACCAACACAGAAGAAUUCCAGUGUACAGCAUUUUUAAGAUAUUUUCCAGAGCUAUAUUGUACUGCUUUGGGUUAUCACAAUCUUUUGACAAAAGCCAGCAGAUUUACUUCUUAAUAAACCAGUAACUCUUGGGCUAAAUGAAAGUUUCACACACGUGUUUUUUCAGCAAUAAUUGCUGAUUUUGUGGAAAUAAAAAAGGGACAUCUCCCUCUUCCUGUCACACCUGAUUUAUUGUCCUUUAUAUGCAUGCAGUUCUUCCACUCAGCGUGUUCAGAGACGACCUGUAAUGUCAGCUGAAAGAUAGAGAAAGAUUAUUAUAUGAAACAAGAGUAGUGAGUAUUUGAAUGCAAAUCUGUAUUCUUCAAUGUGAAUAGGACCAUGUAUGGCAUGCAUUGUUAAAUAAACGAUUAAAUACAUUGGUA